AUGAUAUACCUAUCAUUUCAAAUAUUUUCGUCGACAUCCCUCAAUCUAAGUCUUUUCACAUCUAUCUAUCUAUCUAUCUAUCUAUCUAUCUAUCUAUCUAUCUAUCUAUUUCUUUUUAGAUCAGUUCACUCCGAACCGAGGAGGAGUGUGAACUAUCUAAUUCUGUUAAUAUCUAUCUAUCUAUCUAUCUAUCUAUCUAUCUAUCUAUCUGCCACAGUCUGUUCAUAUCUAUCUAUCUAUCUAUCUAUCUAUCUAUCUAUCUAUCUAUCUAUCUAUCUAUGCCUGUUCAUAUGUAUCUAUGCCUUUUCAUAUCUAUCUAUCUAUCAUAAUUGCAUAUUAGGAUUUUUGUUUGUUUUUUCCGUAUAUUUUUCUUUCUAUCUAUCUAUCUAUCUAUCUAUCUAUCUAUCUAUCUAUCCCAAAAUAAAUCUAUCUAUCUAUCUAUCUAUCUAUCUAUCUAUCUAUCUAUCUAAUACAAUCUGUUCAUAUCUAUCUAAAUUUAUUAUCUAUCUAUCUAUCUAUCUAUCUAUCUAUCUAUCUAUCUAUCUGCCACAGUCUGUUCAUAUCUAUCUAUCUAUCUUAUUUAUUAUCUAUCUAAAUUUAUUAUCUAUCUAA